AUACGAAGAAGCCGUUGCGACACUGAUCCGGAUAUACAUACAAGGCCUGCAAUUGCUAUCGAGAAGCUUACUCAAGAAGAGACGGAGCUAACUCGGAAACUAUUCUAUCGACUGGAUGAGUUCAACGACGAUGAAACCCCACAGAAAAGAGAAUGGCGUGUGGCCCAGAGACAGCAUAAGAUAGACCCUUACUGGGAUCCUUUCGUUACGCAGCUUGACCAUACUAAAGAUAAGUUACUUGCUGAUUUUGAGGAGUAUGCUAGAGUGGCCUCCGCUGCUGAGGCCAAGAGAACCAGGGUUGCUAUAAGGAAGAGCUUACUGCAGUUCAAAUUACGAUAUGAUUCAUAUUCCAAACAAUAUAGGAAAUGGCUCAAUCGUGGACCGGCGGAAGAGAUACCAAAACCACACAAGAUGGAGCAGAG